AUGGGUGAUAUACAGUUUGACAUCGAAGUAAUAAAAUCCAUAUGCCAGGGGCAAAAUCCAACCAGCGAUGAAAUGAUAGUCCCCAGGAUAGUCGAGGAUGCAGUCUCGAGCCUAAAUACCAACAAGGCUGAGGAUGUAUUCAACUUAUCCGCAGGACAUCUCAAGUAUGGAGGUAUUAACGUUACUGAGGUACUUGCCACCCUAUUUAACCUGUUUAUAGCUGAAGGGAAAGUUCCAGACUGUCUGAAAAUUGGCCAGCUUACUCCUAUCUACAAAAAGAAAGGCAAUAAGACAAUUGAGGCAGUUUUACGGAUAAGAAUCCAACCUAUAUUUAAACCACAACAAAACGCGCUCCAACGGGACUUCACUAGAGGGAUAUCUCCCCUUCGUGCUGGUCUUAUUCUGCGUGAAGCUUUAGCCAACAAACCUUCAUCCAAAAUAUUUGUGGCGAUGCUGGACGCUAGGGCGGCUUUUGACACAGUAAGUCAUACUAUUCUUGACAGGAAGCUAUUUAACCUCGGCAUCAAAGGAAAGAUAUGGGAGGUUGUUCAUGAUCUCAACGUCUCUGCAAAAACCUCCAUCAAAUGGGAAGGAUCUAUGUCCGACCACAUCAAUGUCCAACAAGGAGUCCGACAGGGGGGAUCCUGA